GUUAAGCUCCGGUGAAGAUCUUACAGCACAGUCUUUGGAUCAAAAGACAAAGAUGAAGUCAGUCGUUGCCCUCAUGUUCGUCUUCGUGGCUGUGGCCACUGCCAACUACAAUGACUACCUGCUUGGAAAAACUUCCCCCGUGUACGGCAACGCCAACCUUGCUCUCAGGAACCGUUUCGUCCGUUAUCACAAACAGCUUGUGAAACCAGCAGCCCCUGUCGUCACUCGUGUGGUCUCAAAAGUUCUCCCACGUGUGGCCACUAGAGUUCUCCCAGUCGCUUCCCGUUUGAUCCCAAGAGUUCGCCCGGUCGCUUCGUCCGUUCUCCCAGUCGCUUCCCGUUUGAUCCCAAGAGUUCGCCCAGUCGCUUCACGUGUGGUUUCAAGAGUUCUCCCAGUCGCCCAACGUGUGGUUCCAAGAGUUCCCCCACGUGUUUUGCGACCAGUGGUUGCAGGCCCAAAACACGUCAUCGACGCCCCAACACUCAAAUAUAACGAGGAAUACAUGUACCGUGGAAAAUACGGCGGAGUCUGCGCCUACGACGGUAUCUACGCCAACGCUGACGGCUUCUCUCUAACAUUCUGUUCCAAUGGAAUCGCCACUGUGCAGCACUGUGCUCCAGGUAGCGCUACCAGCGGCCUCGAUCUGGUGCCAGGAAACGCCUACCGCGGUGCUGCCAUCUGUGACAUCAACCUCAACGACAUAUACGCCGGUAGAUACGCCAACAGUCACGGAUACGGAUAUAGCAAAUACUAAAAUGGGAAUGGCGUGAUACCAAGGUGACACCUACAGUGAUGACAGAGAUAACAUUUCUUGUUGGUAACUUUGGAUGUGCUGUAUAUAUAUAUCGAUGUUGUAAAAUAAGAAAAGGAGAUAGAUAGAAGAAAGAUAAAAUAAGAAGAGGAGAUAGUCGUCACUACGCCAAAGAGUAACUCAUUUUUAAAAUGUGCCAGUUACUCCCUUUCCAAUUUUCUCAAUUUGCUAUUUCAAUUUCAUUUUUACACAACUGAAAUGAAUUAAGAUAUUCUGAAAUAAAUAAAUAUGUAUCCGAGAAUUGCCUCUUUUUGUACUUCUUUUUUGCGGUUUGUAAAAUUAGUUGAUCAUUACAAGCGUGCACAUCUAUAAAAAUACUUAAGGUAAAAAUAAGCAACAUUUUGACUUAUGCAGUCGUCUUCAAAGAAAGAAAAUUUCUUAACUUGAGGGCUGCGAGGUCAAACAAUUACGUUACAAAGAAUAUGCAUUGGCAACAGAACAUUAAAUAUGUAUAUAUGUUAACACCCUUGUCAAUCAACCGACAUGAGUCACACACUAUUCCUCAACUUCAUUGCAUGUCUAAUGUAACGUGUCAGAAUACAAUUUUUUUUUUGCUAUUAAGUAACUUAUUCAAAAUCAGAAAGGGUAGUAAAGUAACGUAUCCAAUAUAUAUA